ACAGCGAGUGCGCUGUUAGAGAACAGGUGCUGUUAAAGGCAGAAUAUGAGCGCAGCGCAAACAAAUGUGAAAUAGAAACAAUGCAAACUUCUGCUGCAUUAUACAAGUGAAGAAACGGGUACCACGGACAAAGUGCCUUUUCCAGUGGGUCGUCGUCGUUGCUGUCUCUUUUUUUUUUGUACUCGGUAUAUGGUGGUGUGUGUGGCUGUGCAUUGUUCUUGCAAACAAAAACAACAGGCAAAACCUUUGGCUGUCGGGAAAUUCGAUAUACAUAACUUGGGAUCAGAACGGCCAGACAAAGGCGUCGUCGACGGCGUCAUCUCGAUAUCAGUGGCGGGACAGGGACGCCUCUGUAAUCGUUCAAUGACAGCAGCCGCAGCAGUUUCUGCUGCUGCAUUUGCCGCUGCAGCAGCGCGCAGUUAACGCCCGAGCAUAGGGUCCAGCGGAGAAAAGAGAACAGAGAUUGUUUCGUGUUCUUUUGGACGUGGCCAAGCAGCGGGCCAUCUAUACAGCAAAAAGACCAAAGGGAAAAGAUAAACAACACAUAAAUUGAAACGACUGAGUGCUGAAGCCUCAACCAAAGGAGGGGAGAUCAAGAAGAGGGCACCUACCCAUUCAGCAGCAGAAAAAAUGGUGAAAACCUUUCAAGCCUAUCUACCGUCCACCAAUCGGACCUACUCAUGUGUUCACUGCCGCGCCCACCUCGCCUCCCACGACGAACUCAUUUCGAAGUCGUUCCAAGGCAGCCAGGGCCCGGCCUAUCUCUUCAAUUCUGUGGUGAACGUGGCCUGUGGCCAGACGGAGGAGCGGGUCCUGCUCACGGGACUCCACGCCGUGGCCGACAUCUACUGCGAAUGUUGCAAGACGCCGCUGGGCUGGAAGUAUGAGCACGCCUACGAGUCCAGCCAGAAGUACAAGGAGGGGAAGUUUAUUAUCGAGCUGGCGCACAUGAUCAAGGAGAACGGCUGGGAUUGAACGUAUGCAAGGCGGAUUGGCGGAUGUAAGGCAGCCGUCGGCAAGGGUUAAAGCAGAAAAAUGGCCGAAACAGCAGCAGCAGCAACAAAAGAGGAAAUACAGACACAAACACAAAUCGUGGACAACGAGUGAAAGGCGUUGGAAGAAGUCCGAGUGCGAGCGUGAGCGGGAUCGCUCUUGUUCUCCCUCAAGUGGAAUGCAAAUGCAAAGUGCAAUGAGAGGGAUGGAGUGUGCUGAUGUUUUGAGGCGUCGAUGAACAGAGGGAACAAGAAAGAGAGCAAAGGAGAAGGAUAUGAUCAGGCAGGGGUGUAGGUUCAAGGGCAAGGGCUAGGCAGCAGGCGGUGAAGAAAUUAAAUUCGAUCCACCAGUGAAAGUUAUAUGGUACCAGAAUGCUAUUAGUGCACUAAUCGUCGUAUCUAAUAGAACAAUCAUCCAAUCAGAGACAAAACAUAAUACAACCCACCCACAUAAACACACACUCAUGCAGAUACGUACAAAUAUGUGCAUAUAUAACAAAUUUAUACAUACAUAUGUACAUGUAUAAAAUGCUUGAGUGGCCGUUUGGACGAUCUCUGCGCCGGCCGCAGCGAGCCUGGUUGGAGCUGGCGCCAUCUCCGUAUGUACAUAUGUAAAUGUAUAUAUGUAUGUACAUAUGUAUAUGUCAGGCUUUUGAAUAUUUUAAUAAUUUCUUCACGCUUUAUGUUCGCGUUCCCUUUCUUUCUCCUUCUUUGUAUUUGAAUCAAUUGAUCGAUUAAUUGAAGGACACUAAUCGAAUGAAGAUGCUGAUUAAAUAAGGUUUAAUUUAUGUUCAGUAUGAGUGAAAUCGAUUUUUGUAUAAACAGAAAACAGGAAGCCCGCAGCGAGAAAACGACACACACACACACACACACAUGUACACACAACAACAACAACAACUUGCACUGCCAAAAAACAGGAGAAAUGCUUAGCAAUAAAACACAACCACCGCGGGAAAAAAUUGAUCUUUAGAACACAAGGCAUGCAAAAACCCAAUCGGGAAUCAUAAAUAAAUAUUCACAACAACGCGAAAACACAUACAGAACACACAUACACACAUACAGGCACAUACAUUCAUACACAUACUCAGGCGAACACACAUUUUCAACAUAGUUGGUAUUUAAAAAUGUAUUUUAAAUUUAUUAUUUAAUGCAAUUUACCAUGAAAGAAAAGCGAGAUGCACAUGAAAUGAAAAUUAUAUGUAACUGUUUAAAGCUGAAAGAAUAGCAAAGCAGCAAUGCACGCGUCAGAGAGGUCGAGAAUGGUGCGAACCGAAAGGCGAGAUUGCUUCACAGGCACAUCAAUGAAUAUACUGCUCCCAGUGGAAUGUAAUACUGUGACGUGGAUCCUGAUCGCAGGAAAUGGGCGGGGUGUGAAAGAAAUUCAAUAAAAUACAAGGCAUUCUAUGCGUAACAGUAAUAAAAUCCAAUAUGAAUAUUUAUUUAUGUAUAUAAAGAAACUGCGUAUUUGUCUCGCAAAAAUUGUAUAAUAAUCAAAGAGAAUCGAGAAAACGGAAGAAAUAAUGGAGGAAAUAUUUUUAAU